AUGUUCCACCGACCGCGGCGGAGGGACUCCCUCCAUCCAACCGACGAUGUUCCCGUCACCGAACAACUCUCCUUCAUAUCCCGCCAUUUCUACAAACCUACCGCUGUCACUCCCUCAGACGACGCCAAAAGCCCCUUGUCCGGCCGGCGCUUCUCCAUCCUGUCUAGCGGCUGCAUCACCAUCUUCAUCACUAUGUUCCUCAUUCUUACCACCGUCAUCUGCGCUGUCGUCGCAUCUGCCUGGAAGAAACAGCACGACGCAGACUUCGAGAGCGGCAACAACUACUUUCCAACCGGCCUCUCGCCCUUCCACCAAGCCAUCGUAGCCAACUUCCCCGACCCAGCCCUUAUCCAGCAUAACGGCACCUGGUACGCCUUCGGCACCAACAACGCCGCCGGAAUCCUCGACCAACCCUUCAACAAAACCGUGGAAGACUACGGCAAAUCCCACAUCCAGCUCGCCGCCUCCACGGACUUCGUGACCUGGACUCCCGCCAACUCCUCCCGCGACCCCUUACCCAGUCUAGGCUCCUGGGCAGACGAUGAAGUGAAUAACGCAACCAGCACUCCCAGAGCUAAUGUUUGGGCACCCGACCUCCUCCGCCGCCCCAGCGACGGGAAGUGGCUUCUGUACUACUCCGCCGCGCGCGCCGGGGCCGCGAAGCGGACGCAUUGCAUUGGCGCCGCCGUCGCGGAUGAAGUCACGGGACCGUACACGCCGGUUAACACGACCAUCGCGUGCCCCAUUGCUGAGGGCGGCGCCAUUGAUCCAGCGCCUGUAGUCGACGGCGAUGGCACGAUCUGGCUCGCGUACAAAAUCGACGGGAAUAACGUUGGUCAUGGCGGGGAGUGCAGGAACAGCAUUAAGCCUUUGGCCUCGACCCCCAUUCUACUUCAGCGCAUGGCCUCCGACGGCGUAACCCCUCAGGGCGAACCGAUCCGGCUUCUCGACCGCGAGAAAAACGACGGCCCCCUCGUCGAGGCCCCCGCGCUCGUACAGAGCGACGAGGGCGUGUGGUUCCUGUUCUUCAGCUCCGGAUGUACGCGGAGCCCCAGCUACGACCUCAAAUACGCGUAUAGCCGAAACAUCACGGGCCCGUAUACCCGCGCCCCUCGGCGGCUACUCAAGACGGGGGAUUGGGGGUUCUUGGCGCCGGGGAGUGUUUCUGUGGCCAGGGGCGAGGGGAGCGCGGCGGAGCUAGGAGGGUGGAGGGUCGCGGUGCAUGCGAGGGUGCCGACGGAGUGGGGUUGGGUUAGGGCGAUGUUUACGGCGGGGGUGAGGUUUGAGGGGAAUGAGAUUAUUUUUGAGGAGGUGGUGUGA